AUGGCGUUUCAUCUCCCCCCGUCCGCUGCGGGGAACGCGCCCUCCUCCGAUUCCAGCACGUCCUCGAAUGCGCAAUAUACGCCUGUCUCCAAGGGAUCUGAAGGUGACGAAUACUCCGAUUCUAUUAAUAGACCGAAGCCAUCGCCUGUUGGGCAGUUGCGACUCCAGACUGAUUUUGGGGGCACAGAGGGUGACGUUGGGGAUCCUGUUUCCGACAUCGAGGACGGGGAUGAAUUUGAACCUAGGGGCGAAUUGAAGGGGAAAAGGACACGCGGACCGAAGUAUACUUUAAAGGAUGAAAAGGAGGUGGUAAGGAUCUUUGAUAAGAGACUUGUACCCUUUCUCGCUUUUUUGUAUCUCCUUGCUUUCUUGGACCGAUCCAACAUCGGGAAUGCCAGGAUAGCCGGGCUUCAAGAAGAUCUGCAACUCUCCUCUUCGCAGUAUGAAUGGCUGCUGACCGCGUUCUACAUCACAUAUAUCCUUUUCGAAUGGAUGACACUGAUGUACCGUGUCGUUCCACCACACAUUUACAUCUCUCUCUGUGUUGGUGGCUGGGGUCUGGUAGCCUCGUUCCAAUGUCUUGCAACCUCAUUUGGGGGCCUGGUCGUACUCCGCCUCUUGCUCGGUAUCACAGAAGCUGCAUUCGGUCCUGGCGUGCCAUUCUAUUUGUCGCUAUUCUACCGACGUGAUGAGUUGGCUUUCAGAAAUGGGCUUUUCAUUUCAGCUGCACCGCUAGCAACCACUAUUGCUAGCAGUCUCGCCUGGGUGAUUGUGAAACUUAGUAGCGAUGGACCUAUCUCCCCAUGGCGUACCCUUUUCUUGGUAGAAGGGUUUCCAAGCGUGGUUGUUGCGGUCUUUGCUUGGGUCCUGAUUCCUGAUUCCCCCGGUAAAGCCCGAUUCCUUACCCGCCGACAACGUGCCGUGGCUCAACGGCGACUGGAAGAGAAUAAUACCAAAUCGAACUUCGAGCAAUCGCAGGAACAGGGCUUCAACUGGCGUGAGAUUUUGAAGACAGCUUCCGAUCCCAAGGCUUACAUGGCAGCUUUUAUGUUCUUUAGCUGUAAUGUUGCCUUUAGCUCCAUGCCAGUGUUCCUCCCCACCAUUAUCAAAGACAUGGGCUUCUCCUCCCUCUCUGCACAGGCCCUCUCAGCUCCACCCUACUUGAUAGCCUUCGUCGUCGUCCUAGUAACAGCCUGGGCUUCAGACCGCACCCGCACCCGCAGCUCAUACCUAAUCGCACAUGCACUGAUCUCAUCCCUUUCAUACGCCGCCAUCGCCGCAGCAGGGUAUUUCCACACCCACCUUUCUCCCACCCUACACACAUUCAUCCGCUACGUCUGCGUCUAUCCCGCCAUAUCUGGUUUCUUUUCCGCAAUCACACUGAUCAUCACCUGGUCAAUGGAUAACCGAGUUGAGAAAGAAGGCAAGGGAGCGAGCAUCGCCAUCUUAAAUAUCAUUGGGCAGUGUGGUCCUCUUCUGGGUACGAGACUGUACCCCGAGGCGGAUGGGCCGUGGUACGCACGGGGAAUGGCGGUUUGUUCCGUUUUUAUGGUGCUGGUCGCCAUCCUUGCGAUUGCUCUAAGAAUGCUUUUGCAGAGAGCUAAUAGGGCUUCUGCUGGUGGGCCGCUGUUUGAUUCCUCUCAGGCUAGUGGGUCUGGGGCUGGUCAUGGAGAGGAGCGGGAUGAGCUUAUGGGUGGUGGGCGAAGAGAGGACUUGGAGUGUGAUACUGGGGAUCAGAAGUUUAUUUACAUCAUUUAG